AUGGCAAGGCUGUGUGGAAAUGAUGCUCUUCAAGGCCAUGAGGAAGAGGAGGAGGAUGUGGAGACUGAUGUGGGAUGCAGGUGCUCCGAGCAGCGUGUCCACGACGACCUCCCGACCACCACCAUCAUCAUGUGCUUCGUGGAUGAAGUGUGGUCCACCCUGCUCCGCUCCGUGCACAGUGUCCUCAGCAGGUCCCCUCCACACCUGAUUGAGGAAGUCAUUUUGGUGGAUGACUUCAGCACUAAGGAGUACCUGAAGGAGCAGCUGGACACGUACAUGGCGCGGUUCCCAAAAGUGAAGAUCCUGCGCCUCAGGGAGAGGCACGGGCUGAUCCGGGCCAGGCUGGCGGGAGCAGAGAUCGCCAAAGGCACAGUCCUGACGUUCCUGGACUCACACGUGGAGUGCAACGUGGGCUGGCUGGAGCCACUGCUGGAGAGGGUCCGACUGCGCCGCACCAAGGUCGCCUGCCCCGUCAUCGAGGUCAUCAGUGACAAGGACAUGAGUUACAUGACCGUGGACAACUUCCAGCGUGGGGUUUUUACUUGGCCAAUGAAUUUUGGAUGGAGGCAGAUUCCACAAGAGGUCAUCGAGGCAAAUAAAAUCAAGGAGACUGAUAUAAUAAGGUGCCCCGUCAUGGCAGGUGGCCUGUUCUCCAUUGAUAAGAAGUAUUUUUUUGAGCUGGGAAUGUACGACCCAGGACUGGAUGUUUGGGGAGGGGAAAAUAUGGAGAUUUCAUUCAAGGUCUGGAUGUGCGGAGGAGAGAUCGAGAUUGUUCCCUGCUCCAGAGUUGGGCACAUUUUCAGGAAUGACAAUCCUUAUUCCUUCCCCAAAGACCGGGUGAGAACAGUGGAGCGGAACCUGGCCCGUGUGGCAGAGGUCUGGCUGGACGAGUACAAGGAGCUCUUCUAUGGCCACGCUUACCACUUGGUCUUGAAAAACGUGGAUGUUGGAGACCUGACUCAACAAAUCCAGCUGCGAAAGAAGCUCCAGUGCAAAAGUUUCCGGUGGUACCUGGAGAACGUCUACCCAGACCUGGAAGCUCCCCUGGUUAAAGCCAGCGGGCUGCUCGUUAACGUGGCCCUGGCAGGAUGUGUCGCUGUGGAAGGCCCCACUCUGGCUUUUGAGGAGUGUGAUGUGAACAACACGAACCAGCACUUCAACUACACCUGGCUGAGGCUGAUCCAGCACGGGGAGCUCUGCCUCGCCCCCUCAGGUGUCCUGGGGACCCUGGGCCUGCGCCGCUGCCAGGGCAGGAGCCGCAGCCUGGCCUGGCUCCACAGGUCCCUGGCCACCGUCCGGCCGGGGCUGAGCGACCACAUCAUCUCCGAGCACCAGCACCUCCCGCAGCCGUCUUGCUUGGAAGUGGAUCCCUCUUACAAAGCCCUGAGGGUGAAGGCCUGUGACUCCACAAACCCUUAUCAGAAGUGGCAGUUUGGCAAUUACCAUGUGGACUGA